GAACGAUAAUGCUGUUCUGUGUCUGUCAGCCGCAGUCAGCGACUCUGCGAUAAAUAAGUCAACUUUGUUAUUCCAGUUCUGCAACCAACCUUCACGAUUCAAGAGUUGGUUACUUGCAUCCGUGUUCCGGACACUCACGCAGCAUAAUGCCAUCGACGCCGUUGCUUAGUUCGCCUGGUACUAGCAAUUCUGCCUCCCCAUCAAGUGUUCUCGCCAUUUUACCUUUCGAAGAUGACGAUCCCCAUGACUCGGCGCAGCCUGCAUGGCGUACGAUUCUUUCCGACUCACACCAGGUCGUUUUAUACAACUCGGACUCGCACGCGCUUUCGGUGCGUCAGCUCGAUACUAACACCAGGUCCGAGCCACUCGGGUCUUGCCCAUAUUGCAACAGACCUUUAGAGGGCGCCGCUGGUCCCCCACCAUUCCGAGAUGACAACCGUAUGCGCGCUUCCAAUUACUUCCAGCUACUUGAGGUUGCGAACGAAUCGAGUUCUCGCCCUUCCAGUCGUGCGAGGUCAAGGUUCAGAUCAGUAGGGGAUUCAGAAGAAGAGAGUGAAUCACACAGUUUUUUGGAAGACGAAAAUACCUUCAGAACAGACGCUAUGGCUGAAGGCUACUUUCACGCGUUUUUCAAGGAGGAGUAUAGACUUGGCAUGGGUGCAAAUGGCAGCGUGUUCCUAUGCCAGCACGUUCUUGAUGGGAAUCCCUUAGGGCAUUUCGCCGUAAAGAAAAUCGCGGUUGGACAGUCCCAUUCAUAUUUACUGAAAAUUCUCCGAGAAGUUCGCCUCCUCGAGCAACUCCGACAUCCGAACAUUAUUACGUAUCAUCAUGCAUGGCUCGAGACAUAUCAGUUCUCUUCGUUCGGACCGAAAAUCCCGACGCUUUUUGUAUUGAUGCAAUGGGCCGAGGGUGGAAGUCUUGACGAUUUCAUCGAUGCCCGUCUCGGUCAUCCGCACCAUGCGCCGAGCCACUCUGGAGCUGGAUCAGAUGGUCCGCUAGAUGAUGCGUUUCGUUCACGAUCAGAUCGUAUACGUGCCUUUCGUGCUGCUCGGGCCCGCCCGCAAGAGGAACGCGAACGAAGGAGAGCAGAGAGAGCUCGUGGCAUUCGCACAGCAGUGCAUUUACUUGGCGCGGAAGAAGCGAAAUCGUUGUUCACGGAUGUCACUUCCGGUCUAGCGUUUCUACAUGAUAAAUCGAUUCUACACCUGGAUUUAAAACCUGGAAACGUUUUGCUUACGUGGGAUGUCGAUGCCUUGAUACCGCGUGCGAUGCUGUCAGACUUCGGGACGUCUCGAGACAUGAUCCGACCUUCAGAAUCCCGAACUGGCAACACCGGAACCUUAGAGUUUACAGCACCGGAAGCCCUACGCUCUCCACAGACAGGUCUUCUUAGCCAAAUUGAUUCAAAGGCAGACAUGUGGUCCCUUGGAAUGAUCCUCCAUACACUGCUGUUUUUCCGUCUACCCUAUCUCUAUUCACGUGGUGGAGAUAGCAAGGGUAACGGAAACGGAAACGGCGAUAUUGAGAAGCUUGAGAAAGAGGUGCUUGAAUACGAAGGGUUUAAACGGAAUGCAACUCUUAUGGAUUCUUUCGAAAGACGCGGGCUACCGGCCGCUUAUCUCAUCCUCCUCGAGAGUUUGUUGAAUCGGUUGCCGAAGAAAAGACCAACUUGUGAUCAGGUGCUGCGUGCUAUUGCUGAAGGCAAUUUCGAUCCCCAGGCUAUCCGAGCUGGAGUUAUCAGUGCAGGUACUUUAGUGCCUCGCCCACGCGGACAAUCACCACCCAUCUACUCUGAGAAAGACUCAGGCGACAGCGGCGACACAGUUCUCGAGGGCAAUGGUACCGCUGUUCAACAAGAUGAAAGCCUUGACGAUGCGCAGGCUCCAAGCGAACUUGAGUUGGAUACGCCUCGACCUCCUAUACCGGACAAGGACAGCUAUCUGGAUGAGCAGGAGGAACCAACCGCCCCUCUGCUUGCCCUACCACCUGCCAAUCCGAGUCUGAUGGACACAGUUAGCAAUUACCGGCUAAGAUCAUUGUUGCUGUUCUUGGCAAAGAUCGCGCGCUGCAUUGGUAUUGCUCGGCCGGGUGCGAUACGUGUUUGCAAAUCCGCUGUACUUGCUAUGAAAGUAUUUACUCUCUUCUCAAAAUGUCCACAGGGUCGGCCAGAACCCGUCUUUCUAUGUUUCACUCUGGGACUUGCAAUCAGCGAUACAUGGUCGGAAAGUUUGUGGCCUACGCCAUUACUAAUCUUUGUGCACUUUUUUAUCCUUCAUUUCCAUUGUUUCAAUCAUCAGUGCUGUGUACUUCGUCUCUAAUUGAACUAACCUAUAUUUUAACUCA